AUGUAUGACCUCAACUGCAUAAUGAUCAAUUUAGGUAUAAUAUUAUUCCUCACAUUUUCUUUGAAUAAUUGUGAUAGUUUAAAUGUGCAAAGUUUGGAUGGUGAUUGGUUACUGAAAGCAGCAAAUGGAAAAUAUGUGGACCUCAAAGCUACUGUACCUGGCGGUAUUUACACAGACUUGAUGAACAACAAUAUCAUUGGUGAUAUUUUAUAUGGAUAUAAUGAUAGAGAAACUAAAUGGGUUCCUAGGCUCAACUGGACAUAUUACAGAACGUUUUCUGUUGAUGAAGACAUUUUGAACCAGGAGAACAUUCAUCUGGUAUUUGAUGGCUUAGACACAUUUUCUAGUAUCUAUGUAAAUGACGAAUAUGUAGGAGAAAGUGAAAAUAUGUUUUUACAAUACAUAUUUGAUGUAAAAAAGCAAAUCAAGUUGGGUGAAAAUAAAAUAGAAGUCCGAUUUCUCUCCCCGAUAGAAGUGGCAUCUCAACGUGCAGAAGAACAAAAUAAACUUUAUGAUAUUCCUUUAGAUUGCCCUCCAGAUGCAUAUCGAGGAGAAUGCCAUGCCAAUAUGAUUCGAAAAAUGCAAGCCUCAUUUUCUUGGGAUUGGGGACCAGCAUUCCCAUCUGUUGGAAUAUGGAAAAAUAUAUAUAUCGAGAGCUAUGACGAAUCUGCUAUCAGAUAUGUUGUAGCAGAUGUAACUGAUUCUCCAUCUGAUGAUAGUUGGGACUUGAAUAUCGAUACUUACUUGAUGAAUAACUGGAAUCUGACACAGGUUUUUAACGUCACUGAACAACCUAACAGCUAUGGCGAAAUUGUUUCUACCAUAAGUUUUAAAGUAGCAAAGUCGAAUGUCAACUAUUGGUGGCCUAAUGGUUUUGGCGGUCAUGAUCUUUAUAACUUACGAGUUACGUUUGCUGAUGGAGACUCCUCCGAAUUUGAUUCUAAGGUCAUUCGCAUUGGAUUCCGCACUGUUGAAAUUGUUCAAGAAUCUAUAGGUUCCGGUUUAUCAUUUUAUUUCAAAAUCAAUGGCAUUCCAAUUUUCAUGAAAGGUUCCAAUGAAAUACCAAUUGACAUUCUACCAGAAAGAGGUCAAAACAAAACCACUAUAAAAAAGUUGCUAAAGACUGUCCAAAAUUCUCACAUGAACAUGUUGAGAGUGUGGGGUGGCGGUGUUUACGAAUCCGAUUACUUUUACGACUUGGCAGACGAAUUAGGCAUUCUGAUAUGGCAAGAUUUCAUGUUCGCAUGUUCAAUGUAUCAAGCCGAUGACAUAUUCUUGAACAACAUCAAUGAGGAGGUUCGUCACCAAGUAAAAAGAUUGAGUAGUCAUCCUAGUAUUGCACUGUUUGCUGGUAACAACGAAAAUGAAGGUGCCCUUGCUGACAACUGGUAUGGUACAAACAGCAAUUUUAGUCUGUAUAAAAAUGAUUAUGUGAAAUUGUACAUCGAUACUAUUGAAGUAGAAUUUGAUAGAAUUACCCAUCAAAGAGGAAUUUUCAUUAGCUCCAGUCCAUCAGAUGGAAAUGAAUCUAAAAAGCAGGGCUAUGUUGCUACAAAUCCUGGUGACACCUUGUUUGGAGAUGUUCAUUAUUAUAAUUAUGUACUGGAUCCAUGGGACUCAAAUGUUUACCCCGUGACAAGGUUCGCUUCAGAAUACGGGUACCAAUCUUUCCCUAGUGUUGGAUCACUCUUGAAAGCUACCAAUACAACUGACGAUCUGAACAUCAACAGCAAAUUCAUGGAUCACAGACAACACCAUCCUGGAGGAAAUGCAGAGAUACAAUUACUCAUGGACUGGAACCUAAAUAUGCCUCCUAGUAAUGGCAGUAAAUAUUAUGAAGCAUUCAUAUAUUAUUCACAAAUUAUGCAGGCAAUGUCAAUAAAAGUGGAGAGUGAGCAUUAUCGGAGAUUCAGGAACAAUUUGAAUAAUAAGGGAGAGGGUAAUACUAUGGGUGCCCUUUAUUGGCAGUUGAAUGAUGUAUGGUUAGCCCCCACUUGGUCAGGCAUAGAUUAUACUGGAAAAUGGAAAAUGUUGCAAUAUCAUACACAAGAAUUUUUCGCCCCUAUCAUCAUAACAGGACAUAUCAAUGUGGAGAGAACAUUGGAUAUAUACAUUGUAUCAGACCUCCUGUCACCAGUUCUAGGUGUAACAGCUGUCAUUAGAGUGUAUCACUGGAACUCAUUGGAACCUCUUAGCACUGAGAGUUUAUCGAUAGACUUGGAAGCAGGACACUCUCAUCUCAUAAAAUCCUUACAAACUGACAAUUACUUGAAUGAAAAAAAAUGUGGGGCACUAAAUGACGCGAGAAACUAUUGUUUCUUCUACUUGUCACUGGAAAAAGAUGGUGCAAAAGUUGCUCCUGAUAACUUUGUCUUUCCCGAGAAGCUCAAAAAUUCUCAUCCUCAACAAGCUAAAGUACAAAUUGUGUCCGUGGAGAAUAUCAGUAAUGAAGGAGUUUAUCAAAUUACGAUAGCUACAGAUAAAGCAGCAUUGUUCGUCUGGUUGGAUACAGUUAUACAGGGAACAUUUUCAGAUAAUGGAUUUUUACUCGUCAACUCUACACAAAAUAUUUACUUCACCAGUGAGGAAAACACAACAGCGGAGGAAUUAUCUAAAAGUUUAACUAUUACACACUUGCUCGAUGAACAAUAUUUUCAGUAA